GUUUAAUGCUUUAUUAAAAAAUAAGAAAAAAAUUGGAAGAGGGAAAGUUCAACAUUGAAUAAAAGUAACUCAUCAAUAUCAUCAAAAAAUUGUUUGAUAUGGAAUAUGAAGAAAGGAAAUCAUCUAUUAAUUAUAAUGAAAUUUGUCGCUGUUGCUUCAAAUCUUUUACGGCGAAAUCUAAAUCCGUUAAAAUAGAUAAAAUGAUAGAAAAAUUAUUUUUGGAAAUAACACAAAUUGAGUUAAAAACUUCAAAAGGUUUACCAGAUACAAUGUGUAUAACUUGUAUCAAUGACCUCAAAUACUGCUCAAGAAUGCGAAGAAUUUCAAUUGCAAAUCAAACUACAUUUUAUGAUUCUUUAGAGAAGAAUAACAUGGAAGUAUGUACUGGAACUGCGUCUUCAGUAGAUAAAUAUAAUACUUUUACAGAUGACCGACUUAUGCAGUACGACAUAGAAAAUUGCGAUGAUUUUAUAAAAACUCAUAAAAUAAUGAAAUGUCCUUAUUGCUUACAAACAUUUAAUGAUGAAAGCAAACUCAAAUAUUUGAUGGAAACCGAAUUCACGAUAUCGCCAUUCCAUUCUAGAAAUUCAAAGAAUUCAAUUUCUUCAGAUAAAGAUUUUCGACGUCAAAAAGGUACAAAACCUGCGGAAAUUGCAUUAACCGAGAUAUUAACCAUAAAACAAAAAGAAGAAAAGCAUGAUCCAAUAAUUGCAAUAAUGGAAAAAGAAUUGAAACUCAAAAAUCAAUGUCCAAGAUGUGGAGUUUUUGUUAAGAGUCUUUCAGAGCACCAGAAAAUAGUUCAUGUCCAAGAAAAAAGAUUUCAAUGUGACUUUUGUAACUACUCGUGUUAUUUUAAAACAAAAAUUACUCGUCACUUGCAGCGUCAUAUUCCUAAGCAUUUACGAGACCAGCUACCUUGUGAAUUUUGUACCUUCAUAGCAACUAGAAAAGAUGCACUAAAGUCACAUAUUCUUACAAUGCAUCAAAAGAAGCGGGAAAAGGAUUGUUUGUGCAUUGAAUGUGGAAAAAGCUUUUUCAACAAAUCACAGCUCAACACACAUAUUAAAUCAGUUCACGAAAAAAUCAAGAACCAUUUAUGUAAUCAUUGUGGUAAAAACUUUUUCAAUAUUAAAGAUAUGGAAAUGCAUAUUAAACGACAUGGGGAAAAGGAUCUUGCUUGCGAUAUAUGUGAAAAACUUUUUUACUGUAGUCUCGACUUGCGAAGGCAUAUGAGAAUUCAUUCUGAGCCUAAAAUAUGCUGUGAUAUUCAGGGAUGUAGUAGAAAGUUUUACACAACAGGCAAAUUAAAAGAACACAUCAGAAUCAGACACGAAGGUGCAAGAGAUUUCUUUUGUGAUUACUGCAGCUCACGAUUUUCACAAAAUAAUAAUCUCAAACGACAUAUUAACUCAGUUCACAAGAGUCUAAGAAUCAACUGUCCAAUCCCUGGUUGCAAUUAUUCAGUAGCAAGAAAAGAUAAAUACAAAAAUCACCUUUCGUCGCAACAUAAUCUUCUCGACGAUAAAACAAAAUACAAGAUUCUGAAAAAUAUUAAGUUUGUUUGAUUUAAAUUUCAAAGAGUAACUUUAUUACAUUUAUUGACAAUAGAAGCUUAAAAUUUUUGACACGGCAGUGCUUCUUUUAUACUUUGAAGGAGGAUUAAUAAACCUUCCGGACCGAGGCUUUGAUGAUGUGCAAUGGCAUGUUUUUUGUAAUACUCACGUCGUGAAAAAUUUCCGUGACAUCCGGGAACUUGACAAAA